CACAAAAAUCUCUCAACAAUAUCUGCAGUGCUGUCUUUGAAGAGAGAACACCCAGAAAAGUGCCAGGACUGUGAAGAAGUUCUUUCCGCAGUGACCAUCAGCUGCCAUUGGCGUGGGACCAAGCAGCAUUUCGGAGAGACUGAGAUCCCAAAGGCAAUUCUACUGAUCUUGUUCCAAGGUCCGAUUUUUCUGCCAUGAAUACUUUACGGAAAUCACAGAUCCUCCAGUCCUUCCGGACACUUAAAGCAUCUCACAGAUUGCUUCACGGACCUCACAGGCCUCUUAGCACUCCCCUUUUUGCACACUAUGAAGCUUUAAGCCACGGCGAGCAACAGCUACCUGAGUAUUUUAACUUUGCAAGUGACGUACUGGACAAAUGGGCACAAAUGGAAAAGGAUGGGAAGAGACCUUCCAAUCCAGCACUCUGGUGGAUAAAUGGAAGAGGGGGUGAAAUAAGGUGGAGUUUUGAAGAGCUGGGCGUCCUGUCCAGGAAAGUGGCGAAUCUGCUCUCAGACCAAUGCGGGCUGCAGAAGGGAGACAGAGUGCUGACCAUUCUGCCCCAGAUCCCAGAAUGGUGGUUGGUGGCCGUGGCAUGCAUGAGGACAGGAAUCGUCCUGAUCCCUGGAACGUCGCAAUUGAGGGCGAAAGACAUUCAGUACCGACUCCAGGCUUCCCAAGCCAAGUGCAUCAUCACCACGGAGGUGCUGGCGCCUGCUGUGGAUUCUGUGGCCGCUGAAUGUCGCUCCCUCCGCAACAAACUGCUGGUCUCAGACAGCAAGAGAGAUGGCUGGCGGGACUUCCAGGAGCUCUUUAAAGAGGCACCUGCUGAUCAUUUGUGCAUGAAAACAAAGGCUCUCGAUGCCAUGAUGGUUUACUUCACCAGUGGAACCACAGGCUCACCCAAGAUGGUUGAGCUUUCCCAAGGAAGUCUAGGCCUCAGACCCCUUGUCAAUAAAAGAUACUGGCUGGAUUUAACACCUCUCGACAUCAUGUGGUGUACAGCAGAUACAGGCUGGGUGGUGGCUGCUUUGGGGUCCAUCUGUGACCCGUGGGUUUUUGGGUCUUGCGUCUUUGUACAUAGACUCCUGGAAGUGGAAAGCACACCCAUCCUAAAUACUCUCUCUCGAUUUCCUGUCACCACUCUCAUGGGCGCUCCGACCUUGUACCGGAUGUUGGUGCAAAAUGAUCUAACCAGUUACAAGUUCAUGAGCCUGCAGUAUUGCCUAAGUGGAGGGGAACCGCUCAACCCUGAAGUGAUGCAGAAGUGGAAAAGCCAGACGGGGCUGAACAUCCAUGAAAUUUAUGGGCAGACAGAAACAGGUGUGAUUUGUGCUGUUCGCAAAGGGAUGGCGAUUAAGCCUGGUUCAAUGGGAAAGGCGUGUCCUGGAUACGAUGUUCAGAUCAUAGAUGAAGCAGCAAACAUUCUGCCUCCUGGAACAGAAGGGGAAAUUGCCAUCAGAGUGAAGCCAAGAAGACCCCUGGGUCUUUUCUCCCACUACAUAGAUAACCCAGAGAAAACCGCUGCGGUGGAACGGGGGUCAUUUUAUGUUACUGGGGACAAAGGAAUGAUGGAUCAAGAGGGCUACAUUUGGUUUGUUGCAAGAGCUGAUGAUAUCAUUAAUUCUUCAGGGUAUCGCAUUGGGCCAUUUGAAGUGGAAAGUGCACUUUUGGAUCACCCAGCGGUAGCAGAAGCUGCAGCCGUCAGCAGCCCAGAUCCACUCAGAGGAGAGGUGGUGAAGGCCUUUGUGGUCCUGUCUCCAGGCUAUGAAUUGCAAGACAAAGAAGUAUUAACCCACGAAUUGCAGGAACACGUCAAGAAGCUGACGGCACCUUACAAAUAUCCAAGGAAGAUGGAGUUUGUUCCAGAGCUGCCAAAGACAAUCACGGGGAAAAUCAGAAGAAAUGAAUUAAGGAAGAAAGAAUGGGAACAAGUUUCGAAGAUGUGAGCGUGUGCACGACUGGCUUUUGUCAUUGUUCAAGGCAUGCCGAGAUGAAGAUAACCUGUUUAUCUGCUGGACCUUAAGCAUCCAGACGAGCGAGUGGGCUGGAAUAUAAAUUAGGCAGAGGGAGGUGAGCGGGGGCUGUGCUGAGAAGGGAACAGAAACAAAGGGAUGUGCUGGUGCUCUGGUUAGGUGCCUCUCAUCACUCAAGAGGCGGCAUCCGGGGCAACAUCACUACAUUUGGUGAGUGCUGCCUUCUGCACGAUCCCAGCUGCACCUUAAGACUGAGAGAGGUCUGUUUCCAUACACCACCAGCAAGCCUGGCAGCAACUUGGGAGCAGGAUGUCUCUGUAGUCGCUCCUGGGCUAUAGAAUGCAAUCCCUAUAGACAUUUGUGGUUUAACAUCUAUACCAGCCUUCAAAAGAGCCCCUAAGACAUGAACCCCACCGCCCAUUAAGAUCUUCAGGAGAGGUCCAUCCGUCUGCAUUUUCCACUGGCUCGUCUGGUGGCUACUCAGGGACGGACCUUCUCCGCUGCUGCCCCGAGGCUUUGGAAUAAUGCGGUCCCUGCUGAAAGAAGAGCCUCCCCAUCUCUGACCAUUUUUUAAAAGUCUUUAAAGAUGCAUCUGUUCACCCAGGCUUUUAACUAAUACUGUUUUGAUUGUUUUUAAUGUUGUUUUAGAAUAUUGUUUUAAAAAAAUUAAUUGUCGUGUUUUUAGAUUUCUUGUUUUUUUUUUAACUAAUGUUUUACUUUUGUUUUUAUCUUGUAAACCGCCCAGACACGUAGGUUUUGGGUGGUAUAGAAAUACGUUAAAUAAAUAAAAAAGACACACACACCCAAAGAUUGCUUUUUGCAAUCUUUAAUGUUUAAAUUUUUUUACUGCUGUUUAAAUUUUUUAAUUCCUGUUUUAAUAGCUGGUUUUGUUUGUUUUUGUUUUUGUGAACCUCUUGUAGCCUUUGGAGUCAGGCGCUACGUAAAUUAAAUAAAUAAUAAUAACCAUU